CUCUCUCACUAGGCCACGUCAGUUUUGAUUGCUUUUCGGCGAUGUUCUUCUGUCACAAACUGAAGCUGGAGCCGGGACUUGAAGUUAAUCUGAAAUUUUUUCACGAUUUCUCUGCUUUUCCAUAGUGAUACCGAAUCCUACCUCUAAGCUGUUAUCACGAUGGACUCGAUGGUACGCUACGUAUCGCCAGUUAACCCGGCCGUGUUUCCUCAUCUGGCCAGUGUGUUACUGCUGUUCGGCACAUUCUUCACAGCCUGGUUCUUCGUGUUCGAAGUGUCACGUCCAAAGCAACUGACGAGGGAAAGCGUUAUUUUCAAGGAACUAUCCAUCAGUUUGUUCGCCUCGUUGUUCCUGGGCUUUGGAAUCCUGUUUUUGUUACUUUCGGUUGGGAUAUACGUGUAACGGAGUUAAUAGUGUACUUCUCCAGCGUUUUCUCAUUCACAAACUCAUUUUCGGUUAAAAGCAAACUCUCAAUAAGCCAACGGUACGGUUGCUGCUUUUAUAUUCACGCGGUCAUCGUGAGGUGUUGUCCAUGAUAUUCGGCGUCAAUAUCCGCAUUGCAAUAUGCGUUUCCAUACUAUGUAAAAGCAGUGCAGAUGUAUAAGAAAUA